GGUCCGCUUCUAGUGGGACCGACAUGGACACAGGGAUGCUCGGCGGGCAUAAAGUGAAAACCCUCGGCGGCAGCGGCGGAGCUGCUGGUGAUACUGGACCUCCUCCUCCUCCUCUUCCUCCUCCACCACCAUCAUCAUCAUCAUCAUCAUCAUCAUCAUCCCACCGCACACCUCCGCCGUUCAGCCAGUUUAUCCAGAAGCAACAUCACCACCAGCGGCAAACCAACAACAACAACAACAACAACAACAACAACAACAACAACAUCAUCAUCCAGCAGGACCAGGGGGAGCCGCGGGGGGAGAGCAGCGGGGCCAGACAGCAGCAUGGAGGGAAGGAGAACAUCCUCCUGGUGGGGAAGAGCCGAGCGGAGGAGCGCCAUCAGCAGCACCAGCUGAACAACAGCGAGGAGGAGGAGGAAGAGGAGGAGGAGGAAGAGGAGGAGGAGCGGAUGGAUGCCAGCCUGGGUUCAGCCACCAACACCUCCAACAACAACCCUCCUCCGAGCGGGACCGAGUUUAAUCAUUAUUAUGGGAAUGGAAGAGGAGGGCCUUGCUUCGAUCAACAUGGCGGACAACAAAGACCAGGGACUCGGGUAAUAAGAGCGGCGCACUCGGUACUCAACGCUAUGGAUCAGGUUCAGAACUCCCACGAAGGGUACAACAACAACAGCCCGUAUAACCACUACCCGAACUAUCGGCCCGGCUACGGGAACAGCGGGUACGGCGGCAUGAUGAGCCCCUCGCGGCCGGGGAACAACCUGCUGGGCCCGGGCAGCUCGGCCGCUGCUAACCACAGCAAAGCGGCGAUGGCCGCUACCAGCGCCCCGGCAGGAGCUGCUGCAGGCGGCGGCGGCGGCAACAACGGCGGGUUCCAGCGGUUCCCCGGACCGGGCCAGCACCAGCAGCUGCACCCGUCCGGAGCCACGCCGACUCUGAAUCAGUUAUUGACCUCUCCGAGCACCAUGAUGCGCGGUUAUGGAAGUGGAUAUGCAGAUUAUAAUAAUCCUCCUCCCGCACAGCAGCAGCCGAGCCUGGGGCUGGCUAAAGAGCUGCAGUACGGCUGGGCCGGACAGAGAAACCACCCGGCCAUGAGCCCGGGGAACAACGGGCAGGGCGGCGGCAGAGCCCCGGUGCCGCCGCUGGACCCGACGGCGAUGAAGCGCUCUCAGCUCUACAGCAUGAGCUCCCACCCGUACUCCCAGCAGCCCGGGGAGGCGUACUCCGGCCAGCCGUACGCCUCCCCCGGGCCCCACAGAUACCCGAUGGGGAUGCCCAGCAGAGGCCAGAUGGGGAUGGGCGGGAUGCAGUACCCGCAGCAACAGAUGGGCUCUCAGUACGCUCAGCAGCAGCAGCAGCAGCAGCAGAGCGUGGGAGGCUACGGUCAGCCGGGUCAGCCGCCGUACUUCAGCCCUCCACAGCAGCAGCCCGCCGCCCCGAGCCAGCCGUCCUACAUGCAGCCCCGCCCACUGCCACAGCAGGAGGUGCCGCAGGAGGCGUACGGGGGGCGGGGCCAGUCUGCCGCCAUGACUCCUGGGAAGCCGAACCACGAGGAGAUGGGUCUGAGCCAACAGGAGCGGCCGUCCAGCCUGCCGGAUUUGUCCGGCUCCAUCGAUGACCUUCCCACCGGCACCGAGGCGGCGGUGAGUUCAGGGGUUUCGGGCUCCGGCAGCGCUCAGGGCGACCAGGGGACCUCGACCCGUUCUCCUUUCUCCCCCCACGUCUCACCGCGACUCCCCCCGCCAGCUCGCACCGGGCCCUCCCCCUCCCCUUCACCGUCCCCCGCCGGGUCCAGCAGCCAAUCGCGAUCCGGACCUCUGUCCCCCGCCCCCAGCGGACCAGGCUCUCAGAUGACCCCUCAGGUCUCUGGUCCUGGUUCAGACGGCGGUCCUCAUCCCUCUGCCGUGACUCAGGACCGAGGUUUCCCUCCCUCCAUGCAGCGUAGCGCCCAGGGGCCUCAGUUUGGCCCUCAGCAGUCAGCACCACCCAUGUCCCCUCACCCAGCCUCGGGGGGACCCAUGCACCACGGCUCCUACCAGCAGGGCUCAUAUGGCCAGUACGGGCCCCCAGGUAACUACCCUCGGCCCCCGCACUAUGGCGGGGCCCCCAGUGCCAACUACUGCGGCCCUGGACCGGGUCCCGGCUUAGCCAACAGCUUGGGGUUGAACGCCAGCAGUCCCAUGCACGGUCAGGGCCCGUCCACCCCGGCAGGUCGCGGCCCGGGACCUGGCCCCGGGAGCCGGCCUUACCCCGCCGGAGGAAGCUCCAUGGCCCCCACCUCCCCCGGCAUGCCACAGCCCGCCGGGCAGGGCAUGGGGCCUCCGGGGCCCAACGCGAGCCGCAAACUGCUUGAGGUCGGCCCCAACGCCGGGCUGUCGUCCUCCUCCUCGACCUCAGCCGCCCAGGGCAGGCCUCCCUUCGCUCGUUCCCCGGCCUUCCACAACCAGUCCUGGCCCGGGGGUCCACCUGCCCUCUCUCCUACCCUUCACCCCUCUCACCCUCCUCACCCUCCUCACCACUCCCAGCAGGGACCCUAUGCUCAGCCCCAGCCCACCGUGCAGAGCCCUGCUGAGCAUUAUGGGCAGGGAAGCUACCUGGGCAUGGCGCCAAUGGCAGGAAUGGGCCCUGGAGGCCCCGGAGGUCCCUACAGCCAGCAACCAGGCAGCAACUCUGGGAGGAUGACGCCGCAGGGACCCCCCUACGGCGCCCCGUCCUCAGGCCCCAUGAUGCUGCAGGCAGAGGGGAUGGGUCCCCAUCUAGACGCCAAGCAGAGGGUUGAGCUCAGCAAAGACGGCGUCGGCCCCGCCUCCGAACCACCCAAACCCAAGGACGGCUACAGCGCUCAGUGCGUGUCCAAGCCCCCCACGCACUCCCCCAUGUCCCCCCGCUCAGCUAGUCUGUCCUCCUGCGAUAGCGUUAGCAGCCCCGCCUGGCCCAAGACGUCGACCAGCCCCAAGUCCGGCAUGGCCACCACGACCAACGAGGACGUCGCCCAGCUCUACGAGAUGGGCUCGGAGCCGGAGAGGAGGCCCUGGGUGGACCGGUUCCUGUCGUUCAUGGAGGAGAGGGGGACGCCGGUCCCAACCCUUCCGGCCGUGGGGAAGAAACCUCUGGACCUGUGCAGACUGUACCUGGCUGUGAGAGAGAUCGGGGGCCUGGCCAUGGUGAACAAGAAUAAGAAGUGGAGGGAGCUGUCGUCCCAGCUCAACGUGGGGACGUCCAGCAGCUCGGCCAGCUCUCUGAAGAAGCAGUACAUCCAGUACCUGUUCGCCUACGAGUGCAAGGUGGAGCGAGGAGAGGAGCCCCCACCUGAGGCCCUGGGGCCCGCCGGAGACACCAAGAAACCUCUGUCACUCCAGGCCAAGAUCCAGCCACCGUCCCCAGCCAACUCGGGCUCCCUGCAGGGCCCCAACACCCCUCAGUCCAGCAGCAGCUCCCUGGCCGAGGCCCCUGGAGACCUGAAGCCCCCGACCCCUGCCUCCACCCCGCACAGCCAGAUGGGUCCCCAGCCCGGAAACAGGAACUUGGCAGGAGUGAGCGUCCAGGACCCGUUCUCUGAAGGCAGCGAUCCGGCCUUCCACAGCAAGCGAGGCCCGGGGCCCGGCUGCCCCCCCUACCAGCAGGGAGGAGGGCCGACAGACCCCUCACUGAGGAUGCAGUACGACGCCAACAAAGACCCGUACGGAGGGUCGAGGAAAGGUCCGGGGCCCGGCGAGGCCUUUGGUCCCGGUCAGAUGCCCAGCGGUGCCAUGCAGGACAUGUACCCCCGCGGGCCGCCGUCUGGGCCCCUGACGGCCAUGGGCCCCAGACCCCAGUACCCCUACGGCCCCGGCUACGAGCGGAGGCCGGACCACGUGAUGGCGCCGGAGGCAGGCAUGGCGCCACCUGGAGGUCAGAACAGCAUGGGUCCAUCUGGAAACGACGCCGGCAUGUACCCCGCCAACAGAUACCCCCCCCAGAGGCACGGACACGACGGGUACGGGCAGCAGUAUCCUCACAGCGUGGCCUACACUUCCCAUCAGCCCCUGUACCCUCAGCAGCAGGGAUACAAGCGUCCAAUGGAGGGUCUGUAUCCUCCGGCGAAGCGCCACGAAGGCGAACCCUUCGCCGCUCAGCAGUUUGGCCCUCAGCAGCCUGACAUGUUCGGCCCCUUCGGUGGAGGAGGCGGAGGCUACAUGGGCCCUGAGCGGCGGCCUGUCCAGGGCCAGUUCCCGUAUCCGUAUGCUCGGGAUCGGCAGGGGCCCCUGCAGCACGGCAUGAUAGGCUCAGGCCCGGCGGCGGUGUCAGGGGGCCCUGGGGAGGGGCCGCAGGCCAACAUGUGGCACCCCAGGACAGACAUGGGCUACACGUACAGCCGGCAGGGCCAGGGGCCCCCCUAUCCUGGCAUGGGGCGAGGAGAUGACCAGGAGGGCAGGGCCCCCCAGGACAGCCAGUGGGCCCCCAGUCAUCCAGGCCAACGCCAGCCACCGUACCCCCCCCACUCCUCUCCGUCCUCCUCCUCUCCCUCCAUGCCCCCCCUGUCCUCCAGACAGCCCCCCUCCCCCUUCCAGACCACGCCCACCAACCACGUGACCCGCUCUCACAGCCCCUCCUCCUUCCCCCGGCCCCUGGGGGGCUCGCUGUCCCCCAACAGCGCCCCCUACCUGCCCUCCAUGAAGAAGCUCCCCCACGGCCCCCCGCCCACUCAGGGCCUCCAGCUCAUCAACAGAGAGGUCAGCUUCCCUCCCAGCUCUGUGGAGGCCACGCCCCCCAAACUGAAGCCCCGACGCCGGCUCACCGCCAAGGACACGGGAACACCGGAGGCGUGGCGGGUGAUGAUGUCACUGAAGUCCGGCCUAUUAGCAGAGAGCAGCUGGGCCCUGGACACCAUCAACAUCCUGCUGUACGACGACGGCACCGUGGGCUCCUUCAGCCUCACACAGCUCCCUGGUUUCCUGGAGCUCAUCGUGGAGUAUUACCGCCGCUGCCUCAUCCAGAUCUUCGGUAUCCUGGAGGAGUACGAGGUGGGGGCCGAGGGCCAGAGGACCCUGCUGGGGCCCCUGCUCGACCCUCCAGAGAUGGAGAAGGUGCUGAAGGAGCCGCCAGCCGCCGCCUCCUCCGAGUCCAACGGCCAAUCACCCGAGGAGCAGAGGACGCCGCCGCUGCUCACAGCUGCACCGGCCGUCGACGCCAAAGAGGGCGAACCUGUCGUCAAAGAGGAGGUGCUGGUGAAGGAGGAGCGCGAGGAGCAGGCAGAGCCCCGCCCCAAGCAGGCCAGCAAGUACGACAAGCUGCCAAUCAGGGUGGAGAAGGGGGAGGAGUGGGAGGAGGUGGAGGAGCGCUGGGCCGAGCUCGGCCGACCCAACGGCUUCAUCAGCGGCCUCCUGCACUGGAGGGCCGGAGGCGGAGACACCACCGCCCACAUCCUGACGGGAGACUCCACCCCCUCCAAACCGGCGGGGAGGAGUCAGGAGAGAGCGGGAGGAGCUGAGACGCAGGAGGAGGAGGGAGGCGUGGCGCCCGGCGAGGAGACGCAGCCUGAAACAGGCUCGCCGUCUGAGGUCAGAGGUCAGAGGUCGCCGGCUCAGAGUCCCAUCAGCCAGCUGGAGGACGAGCCGCGCUGCUGGGACGAGGCGCCGCUGUCCACCGCCGAGGCCUGGCAGGACUCUCUGGCCCGGCGCUGCCUCUGCGUCUCCAACAUCGUGCGCGGCCUCUCCUUCGUCCCCGGAAACGACGCCGACAUGUCGCGGCACCCGGGCCUGGUGCUGAUCCUGGGCCGGCUGGUUCUGCUGCACCACCACCACCCCCGCAGGAAACGGACGCCGGCCAGCUACCAGCGGGAGGAGGAGCAGGGUCUGGCCUGCAGCCGGGACGAGUGGUGGUGGGACUGCCUGGCGGCGCUCCGGGAGAACACGCUGGUGACGCUCGCCAACGUGGCGGGCCAGCUGGACCUGUCGCUGUACCCUGAGAACAUCUGCCUGCCGCUCCUGGACGGGCUGCUGCACUGGAUGGUGUGCCCGUCCGCCGAGGCCCAGGACCCGUUCUGCGGCGCCGCCUCCUCGCUGUCGCCGCAGCGCCUGGUGCUGGAGUGUCUGUGCAAGCUGAGCAUCCAGGACUGCAACGUGGACCUGCUGCUCGCCACGCCGCCCUUCAGCCGCCAGCAGAAGCUCUACGCCACGCUGGUGCGCCUGGUGGGCGAGAGGAAGAGCCAGGUGUGUCGGGAGAUGGCGGUGGCCGUCCUGUCCAACCUGGCGCAGGGCGACCCCACGGCGGCGCGCGCCAUCGCCCUGCUGAAGGGCAGCGUGGGAACUCUGAUCGGCUUCCUGGAGGACAGCGUGGCCAUGGCUCAGUACCAGCACAGCUCGCACAGCGUGCUGCACGCCGCCGCGCCGCCGGAGCCGCCCAGCGUCAACAUGAUGUGCCGCGCCGCCAAGGCGCUGCUGGCCAUGGCGAGGGUGGAGGAGAACCGGACGGAGUUCGUCCUGUACGAGAGCCGGCUGCUGGACAUCUCGCUGUCGGCCGCCCUCAGCUCCUCGGUGGCGGCCGUCAUGUGCGACGUACUGUUUAAACUCGGCCGCUCGUGACAGGAACGCCGCCACGGAGCGCGCUCAGUGUGAAGGGGAACUGGCUGCGGUUAUAUUUUUAUUUAAAGAACAGAAAGGUUUUUACAAACUAAAGAAUAUAUAGAAUCUAUAAAGCUCCUCGCUCCAUCAGCAGAACCUUUAUUUGGGAUUUUUAAGUAAUUUUAAUACAAAAAUAUUUAAUACUUUUUUAUUCUUUGGUCAGUUUGUUGUUUGGUUUGAACCAAAGUGCGGCGGCGGCGGUGGCGAGCGCCCGUGUCCGGCUCUCUGUGGUCGUCAGAUUUAUUUAAACGGUGACUCUGUGCUGCGACAGGAAACUUUGUUUUGGUGCAAUAGGUUUGUUUUUAAUGUGAAUCCUUUGACCAUCAGUAUUUUGCCGACCUCGACAGUAUCGAACGCCACUUUGUGUUUUUUAAUAACUUUGUACGUGCAGACGUCCUCCAUCCUGUAAAUAACCACCUCUCACCGCAGCUCCGCCUCCUCCCGGCAGGUGAACUCUUGUUUCUGUAAUUUAAGGGAAAUCUUCAGUUUCGGGAUUUUAUGUGGGGGUCUGAUCUGGGAGGGUGCGUUUGAUUUGACGGACUGUAUGUACAGGAGGUCUGGGCGGGGCGGGUGGGACUCACCAUGUCGACUCAAACACAGUUAUAACAAAUGUAAAGAGGAAAAAAAGAAAGUCUCUACAUCCACAACGCCUCCUGUUUUGAUUGACAGAUGUGUGACAGAAUAAACUGUUCUGAGAGCAGAUCCUGGACGUCCAGGAACAAGAAGGUUCUCACAUGUAGUUUCACUCUGAGCGUCUUUUCAACAGAAGUCGUCAUAUUUUGAGGAUAAAAGUUUAGAUUUAAUGUCAUUAAGCUGUGAUUCUGAGUAAAGAUCUUAUUUUAGUCCUACUAUUUAAAAAUAAACUAAUUUUCACGAGACGAAAGUCAAAAUAUUAAGAUCUGUGCUUGAGUAAAAGUACAGAUCCGCUCGCUCAGCGUUACUCCAGUAAAAGUCUAAAUUUAAAGUUUAAGUUUAAAUUUCAGUACCUUCAGUACACAUGUAUGAAAAGUAAAAAGUGCCGUGUUUUUAUUUUAGUGCUGAACUCUGAACGCAUCACAGAGAAGCAGGAGUAUUUGAGUGUGUUUACUGCACCGCUCGUCAGAGGGAAGUACUGUAGUUUGUACUGAACAGUAUUUAUCUGAUUACUUCAGAUUAAAACAAAAUAUAAUCUACCAAUAAAUGUUUUACAGAUUUAGAUCAAA